UCUCUCUCUCUCUCUAAACAAGAGUCCAUCAACAUUCAAACAAUGCAAGUAGCCAAACGAUCAACACCAAUUCAAAUGGAGGUCGGCGCCGGCGGGGGCGAAGCCACGGAGUCGAAGACGACGGCGGAGUCAACCUACGAUCAGAUCCGCCACCUAGCCUCCGGCAACGCCGUGGUGGUCUUUACCAUCAACGGUUGCUGCAUGUGCCACGUGGUCAAGCAACUCCUCUUUGGCCUCGGUGUUGGACCCACAAUCGUUGAGCUCCACGACAAGGCCGCCGGCCGUGAGAUCCACGCCGUCCUCCGCCACCUCGCCGGCGGCGACACCCACCAGCAGCAACCCUUUCCGGCGGUGUUCGUCGGCGGCAAGUUCUUGGGUGGGAUUGAAACCGUCAUGGCUUGUCACAUCAACGGAACCCUAGUCCCUCUCCUCAAAGACGCCGGAGCUCUCUGGCUCUGAGGGCGGCGAUCUGACCCACCACCACCGCAACAUCUGACCCACCACCACCACCAACCCAUUGCCGGAAUAUGCCUUCAAAUUACAUUAUAUAUACAUAUAUAUAGAUAUAGAUAUAGGUAUAUGAAUAUAUAGAGUGGGUUCGUAGAAGGUACGGAGGGGACAAGGGGAGAAGGGUGACAGGAUUGUGUUUUUAGAGAGAGAGAAAAAGGUGUUUGGUUGCAUGGAAAAUUUCUAAGCAUAUAUGAAAUAUAAUCUCUGAUA